GUCCAUAUCAAAUCUGCUUCUUUUUUUGUCUCAUCGACGCCAAUGCAAGAUACAGCGCAUGUUCUGAUAGUACACUCGAUAGCACAUGCCGUUCAAUAUCAGUAGUAAAAGUGCCUUGCUAGGAUACGCAUACUUCAUACUACAAAGUGCCUACUAUAUUUCUCGGCCAUCCCGGCUCCUCUAUACCUUGUUUAUGUCGUCGAUAAUAUACUAUAACGCAACAAUGGCUUGCCCACGUAGUCGCCAUUUAGUCAUGGACUGCAUGCGCUAAGCCUCAGAGACUGGAUGCAAGUGGUGAGUGCAUUACGGACUGUUGAAGUCCUAGUUUACGAGGAC